AUGGUUGCUCUUACCUCCUCCUGCAAAACCCAGACCUAUGCUCUCGGCGGCCAGGCCUACGGCGACGUGGAGCACACGCGGGUGCAGUGCCGGGCGCUGGACGGCAUCGAGUGCGCCGAGCCGCGGAGCUUCCUGCGCGGCAGCCGGCCCUGCGUCAAGUACACGGGGCACUACUUCAUCACCACUUUGCUCUACUCGUUUUUCCUGGGCUGCUUCGGCGUGGACCGGUUCUGCCUGGGCCACACGGGCACGGCCGUGGGGAAGCUGCUGACGCUGGGCGGCCUCGGCAUCUGGUGGUUCGUCGACCUCAUCCUGCUCAUCACCGGCGGCCUCAUGCCCAGCGACGGCAGCAACUGGUGCACGGUGUAUUGAGAGGGCACGAGGCUCGGCCC